UUGGACGUUCUAAUUUCUGAUCUGGACUGAGAUCAGCAGCAAUAACAGAAAAUAAUAAUAAUCACCCUGAAGCCAGUGGAGGGAGGGUCCGGCCCCAACAGCAGCCGCCUACAGCUUGCAAUGGUGCAUAUCUUCUGAGAAGAACAGACACACCACCACCACCUCCUGCAUCUUUUUUUUUUAAUUUCCAUUUAUAAUAUUGUUGUUGAUUUUAAUUAAAACUACCUCACAGACUGCCUAAAGCUGGUGCUUUACGAUAUUUAAAAAAAUCUUGUGGGUUUCUUGCGGUGUUGUUUACAAAAUAAUUGCUGACAUUAAAGGCAAGGCCUUUGCACUGAAGCCAAGUGAAGAACCUCAUGAUUGCACUAUACUUAAUUCGACUCAGCUAAGCUUUCGCUAGGAAAGAAGGAGUUCCUGCCCUUCAGAAGGACUCGUCCACCCAGACAGGACUCUGAAGUGUCACUCUCCCACCUGGCACCCACCAGCAACGUCCAUCUCCGUGCUCUGAGGCAGGCACUCGACGCUGGGUUUUUCUUCUCUCUUCCCAUCAAAGCUCACCUUGGAAACCAUUCCCCAGCCAUGUUCCAACGCCUCACCAGCCUCUUCUUCAGUGACAGCAGCACACAUGAGGGCCUGGAGGAACCCAAACCCUUUGUCUCUGAGGAGGAGGAAGAGGAUGGAUGGCUCAUUAUUGACCUUCCAGCUAGUUACACUUCAGCCCCAAGCGAAGAGCAGCGGGUAGGUGAGAGGGAUUCCGUUUGCACUUCCCAGUCCUGUUCUGGGUCCCCCCCACCUACCACUUCGUCGCCCCACUCACUCAGUGACUGUGUCAGCAGGCCCGUGCCCUCCCAGCCCGACCCCUGCUUGAUGGACGAGAGUUGGUUUGUCACCCCUCCCCCCUGUUUUACUGCAGAAGGCCCCGGCCCCGUCAGGUUGGAGAGCAGCCCCAUGGAGGACCUCUUGAUCGAACACCCCAGCAUGUCCGUCUAUGUCACCAGCAACAGCAUCGUGGUGGAAAGAGAGAGCCCUGACGAACCGAUCAGUGAAGGGGAUGUGCCUGAACCCCGGCUGGAGCGCCGCACCCCACACCACCUCACCUCUCUCACAGCGAAAGCUGCCAUCUUGGAGAAGGUCAGCCAAGUCCGUCGAAUCCAGCAGGCAAAGCAGCUGGUGGAGAAGCACAAGCUCAGUCAGAAGGUCAUGCAGCGGCAGAACCGCGCCAGAGAACGCCACCCCCGGAGGGCCAAACACCAGGGCAGCUUUGUCUAUCAACCAUGCCAGCGCCAGUACAACUACUAAACUACUUCAGGAAGUCUGCACCAUGGGGCAUUACCCUUUUAACUCUCAAGCUUCACGUCCCAUCUUGCAAUGCUUUCUCCAGUGGAGGUGUCUUCAUCCUUUCUCUGGAAUAAACCUAUCCCCAUGAGAGACGCUUUUCAAUUUCUUCUGAACUGGUGAUGCUCCACAGCAGAUCCUUGCUGGGCUCUCCUUUGGUUUCACUCCCCUUUUUACACUAGCAUAUACUUACUUACCUAUUAUUUUCUUCCUUCUCCACUUCAAUACCUGGCACUCCCCCUCUUCCCCACCACUGCAGCUUUUGCUCUGGCGCUGAGCAGGAGAGAAGGCCAGCACAUCACCCUCACGUAUCCUAACGACGCUGGGGGACAGCUUUUAAAUGUCAAGAAACGAUUUAAAAGAAUCAGUGCUAAAGUGUCUGGAAAAACUUGUGUCCAACCAGUUACCCUCGGGAAAAUGAUUCCUAAUGGGAGGUAUUUCCCCAGCUCCCCACCUCCCUCCCCAAUACUUGAGUAAGUUCUUCCAGCUUCUCUUGCAACGGUUACCAGUAUUUGAAUUCGAGUUUGGUGUUCCCAGUGAAUGCCCUACUUUUCACUAAGCUUUACACCAAUGUUACGCUGAAUUUAUGGGAGGGUGAAGAUGUCCCAUCAUUUCCUUUGUCCCUUGCCGUUGUAUUGGGAGCCUGUGACAUCAGUGCCUUUCUUUAUGACAUCACACUCUUCUCCAUGGAACAGAUUGUGAUGUCACAAAUGGAGAUACCAGGUUCAAGUGCAAAUCGGAACAAAUUAACAACAAAAUUGGCCCAAAUUCCAGGAAAAUGUAAUAAUUUAUGUGGAAUAAGGACCGUCCCCCUCCCCCUUUAAAAACUGAAUUGUAUAUUAGAUCCAUUCUUUGAAUUAACCUGGGAGCUGGGAUUGUGGUGUCACUGAUGAUCCUUGCUUGCAUGCUUUUAUUAUCUAGCUGUCUGUUCAGAGGUGCCAUGCUGGAGUAAAGGGAACUCUGCUUGAGCAUGUCCUAGCAAGUGUUUAAGACCUGAUUUUCAGAAGUGUUGAGCACCCACAACUCCAUCUGUAAUCCAUGGGAGCUGCAGCUACGGAGUGCUUCUGGAAAUCAAGCCUGUGCAGUAUUACUGCAGCCCUUAAUUCCCCACAGCCUUUUAAAAAGAGUGCAAAGUCCAUUUUAUUAUUCCAGUGCUUUCAGGUUACAGUCGAGUGUCUUAUAAUAUGUUUGGCCCACUCACCCCAAACAGCUUUGUUUAAUGGACAAAGUGUCAAAGCUCUAAGCAGAUUAUUGCGUCUGGAACACAGGGUAGAGAUCAGGUGGUCUUUAGAAACGCUGAACAAAUCUGCCUCGUGAAAUGGUCAGGAACAUUCACCAGCUUAGGCAAAAAACAAGAAGAAACAAACCCUGCAAUGAGUUACUUGCAUUUUACAAUAAUGAAGCCCUCAAAAAGCCCUCAUCCGCUCAAAGAAAGAAUUCUCAUUCCAGGCAACAAGCUGGGCAGAAGUCUGUGGGAAUGGAUUAUCUGAUUGGCUGUAAACACCAUAUUAGAUCUUCAGUCAGUGGUUGACCAAUGAACGAGGACGCCUGCCCCGCAGACUGGGUUGUCAUUUCCUCGGUCCGUCCAAAUCACUGGAUUUCUGGCAAAAGCCUCUCCCUGGUCUCCGCUGGUUUUGGUGCCCUGGGGAAGCCAGUGAUCUGUACAUGUGGGAACAGAUCUUGGUGUUUUUUACUUUCGGUCAAAAUCUGGGCCCUUGGAAAAUAAACACGCAAAGCAGCAUUGUGUAAAUCCCAUCACCUUGAAGGAGCUGUUAGAGAAGCUACUCCCAGUGGACGGGUCUUGCCUCAGCAGAUGAUGAUACUUCUUCAGCAUGAUCCUAAAGCUAGUAGCUGGACAUAACCCAUCACUCAACCCCUCAGGCAUGGCAAUUCUCCUUCACAUUGGUAUAACGGCCUGUGGUUUGCUGCUCCAGCUAGGUAUUGGGAGGGCAGCUCAGAAAGGGGCUUGUGCAAUAGUCACAGAGGUGGUAAAGUAUGUUGAAGCUGGUAGCGAAAGGAUGUGAAAUGAGAGGAAGUGAGAGAGAUUGGGGAGAAAAGAAAGGCAGGAGGAGAGAGGGCAAGAUAAGAAACAAGGAUGGAAACUGGAGCAGUUGAGAAGGCACAAGCCCAAGGCCGAGAACUGCAUAGCACAGAACUUGUGCCCACAUGGAUGGAAAAAGAUACAAGUCCCCCAAGAAGAGGUAUAUAUAGCAGCUCCCCUAUUCCACUGUUACAGGCAUGCCUAACGCUUGCUAGUCUGAUAGUCCCUACAGGACUAUAGGGAGUUUCUGAUGGGAAAUAAAGUUCCAAGUGUUCAGCCCAGUUGAGGAAUUUCAUCUCCGUAAUCAGAAUGGGCUGAUAGAGUAACCCCCGGUUAACUGCACUAAAGAUUGUGCCCUGUGUCAUGAAUAGCCAUAUUCAUCCCUGGUGGUUUUAAUGCUGCUACGCCAGAGCUGGGUUUGGCCCAACAUGUUUAUCCUUAAAAGGCCACUGUCAAGAUAAAAAAACCUUGUACGUUAAUAAUACAGAUUAGGAAAACCGCAAAGCUGUCUGAAAAUCACUUUCCUCCAUUAAUACUCUUUAUUUACUGCUUGCACUUCAUUCCCCGGGGGAACGAAACUAGACUGUCCACUUCCGGUUCACAGGCAGGCUCGCGUGCCGGUGCUCGGCAUUUGCACAAUGCUGUUGAAUUUGAGUUUGCACCAUGCAAGGCCACAUUGAGCUACAAAAAUAAACCACUUUCACUGGAAUUUCUUCUAAACCAUUAUUCAAACCUUUACCUUCAUAGUAGGUUUUGAGAAAUUGUGUUUUUAAAAAUAAUUGUAAACAGUGGGCCUCUGUCAUGUGAGCACCACUUUUAAAAUGUCUCAUAUUUGAGCUCUUGAGACUUUUGAGAGGAAAUAAAACUUACAAUGAGCAGCCUCCAGGAAUGGAGGCUAACAGACCUGGUUAGCCCGGAGAGUGGCUAAUAUCAUUGUGCAUGUAGGAUCUAGCUAAAAUGCAGGUGCCAGGUGAGCCUCUAAAAAUACAGACAAACGGGAUUACUUUAAAUAUAUUUUAUAUUUUUUGUUCUUCAGUGUAAUCAACCAUUGUUUGAAACAGCCCCACUGCCUCUAUAACUCUCCCAGUUUGGCUUCUGUAAAGUUCUGCACAAGACUAUUAUUAGUGUCUCCAAACUCAAAGCCCUGCUGCCUUCAUGACACUACUGAACAGAAAGUUCUCAUACAGCAUGGAAAUAAAUUCUAACCUGCUUAAAGAGCAGUGCCUGGCAAAGAUGAAAAAACAGUAACAUCAUCCUGUACUAAUGGAAAGGAUGCUUCAAGCAGCUAUUUCUGAUUGAAUCAUUGGUGACUAUAGUAACUAGAGAUAACUCCCAACCACUAUGCUGGACUUGAAUUCCCCACCCCUCAGCACACACAAACCUUGUUGAUGUUCCAGCUGGCUCUGAGCUCUGUAGCUUGGGCCCAUCUCUAAUAGGAACCUGCUUUUUAGAACCUGAUUCCUCCUUUCAUUGAAGUCAAGGGCAAAAUUCCCAUAUUGCUAGGAUCAACUGUUCCUCUUUGCUUUUGCACCUUUGUCAGCAUCUGGAGAGGCAGCUGAGCUCAUGUGCACAGAUCUCUUGGCAAGAUGGUUUAACAGCAGUUAAGAGAGAGAACUUGAAAAGCCAGUGUUAUUUCCCAUGGUCUGGAUGAUCCCCACCCGUCUGUCGUUUAAUACCAGCUCCACAUUUUCUCCACGUGUUGGAGCACGGAGUAGUGUGAUAGAACUUCAUCUGCUCACUGCUGAAGGUCCCACUAGGAACGUGUUAAAGAUGGCAACACGUCUAUUAUUUCAUUUGCAGCCGACUCCUUACCGGAGACUGGCAACGUCUUGACUUGAUGGGUCAUUUACAGCCAUUCAUAUUCUUGGUUUUCUAUUAAAUGCCUUUUUCUCAAGUAAGCCCUGACGCAAGUUGGGACUGGUGCAUUUUACAUGAACGCCGACUCAAGUUCCUGCAGAGGUGAGGAGGAGCCAUUUCCUAAACUCGUCAAUGUCCAUGUCAGAGAUAAGAAUUUUUUAAUCAGCAGCUUAGGAACAGGGUUAAAUUUUGGAUGCUGAUCAAGUCUCUUCCUCCCUGCAUCUCCUGUUCAGUUCUCCUUUCCAUAGGCUGUUUGGUCAAUGUGUUCUGCAGCAUUAGGCUGUUUCAUGCACAUAAGGUGGCUUUAGAGGGAGAUUUCCUUGCUGGAGCAGACACCAAUAAAAAGCUGUAUGAGGUCAGUAAUUUUCUGCCUCCCGGCCAGCUCCUACCUGUUACUGUUACACAGUUCUACACCUCCACUUAUGACAUGCUGCAGGCACCCUGCAAAUGACAGUGAUGUCACAAAUUUAACAUGUCAUCACCCAGGCCCGGAGCUCAAAGCCCCCAUAACACUUGUGAUAUUUGGAGCUGACCUCUGUGUCUUGCAGAUCAGACAGGUGCCGAAUGACUGUGAGAGAGAGAGAGAGUGAGCGCGCAAGAGCAAAGCUUCCUAGAAACACAAAUUGCUUUGGGGAAUGCUACUCACCUUGUACACCUUACAAUGCCUGUGUCUGCUAAGCUGCUCGCAAGCAUUUCUCCCAGUAAGAGACGUCCCUCUUUAAAAGCCUCCAGCCUCGCUAAUUGUUCAGGACGGCGAGAAGCAAAAACUAUUCAAUUAGGACUUGAUCCAGCAGCAAUUGAAGUCAAUGGCAAAGCUCUAGUCGCCCUCACUAGUGCUAGCCCGAGCCCUUAAGUGCUGUUAAAACAGAGGCACUGAGUCCAAUAGCCCAACAACUGCCUGUUUCAGUGGUGGCUCAUUUCUAAUGUUUAAAGUUGUAUUUUGUUUUAGAAGGAGAAUGCAAGGAACUUUGCUUGGAUGUCACUGUUCUGCACAACAGCAUGUUAUCCCUAGUCAGCAGGGGAAACCAAGCAAAACUACCAUCCCACUUUAUAUCAAGAGUUUAGAAAGGGUUAAUCAAUGAUUAAUAAUGUUUUACUGAAAGGUCAAAUCAUUGUUAAGACAGGUCACUAGGUUACUAUCACCGUGGCUUACAAGCAUCUAAAACACAGACUGUCCUCUCUGUAAUAUGUUUAUAGUAUCUGUGAAUCAUUCAUUAACUCUUUUUAAGCUGAUUAGAAUUGCACCUGCUACGAAGUGUGACCAAACAUCUAAAUGCUGUGACAGAGUUGUGUUCACACUGUGCUUGGCGGUGAUCACUAGAAGUACUGGUCUGCUACCAAAUUUCCUGUCCUAGUUCUUUAACGAUCAACCAGAGCCCCUCACGCUGAGGUUGGAUGGUUCUCCUUCUAUCUUAAAGCAAACAAAAAGGUGCUUAAAACACAGAACCUUUGUGUGCUCGUGUGUAAAUAUUUUAAAAAACACAAGAGUGGAUGUACGGUGUUGGUUUUGGAUUUCCAGUUUGUGGUUACUUGUGUGAUGCUCCCAACUGAAAGGUUAAACAAACCAACCAACCUCUGGCUGGGAGCGUGUUGUUCUGAUCUCCUACUUUAAUGGCUAUGCUGAGUUUUCAAUUUCUUUUUUAUUUGUGUAGGGGAAAUUACAGCACGGACUCAGGGACAAACACGUGCAUUGAGAUCUUUAAAAGUGCAUAUUUUAGAACCAUUUGAUUCUGAUGCGUUCUUUUAUUUCCUGGGAGGCUGUGGAUACUAAUCAGCAUGUCCUAAAGGAACUUGUGAAACCUAGUGAGAUGUCUUUUUAUUUUCUUAGCAUGAAUUGGUAGUACCGGCUGCCUUUUGGAAGAGGAAAAGAAUUUGAAUGGCACCGGUGUAAGAUUUAAAGUUAGCAGUGUCCACUCACUAGCUAUGAGGCCACGCAGUGGCACACCCACCUCACUCAUGUGGAUCCCAGGAAUCACAUGGAAAUUGUUGAAAUACGAUUUAUUCCUGCUCUAGGCCAGUGUUAUUGGAAAUAUCUAGCUAGAUAUUUUUAAGCAAUAUAUUUUGAGAGGGCAUCAAAGCCCCUAAGGACUUUGGGGGCAAUGCCAAGAUCUUGGAGACAGAGCUAACAACGGAUCUGUGCUCCACACGAAUCACAAACUUGAGCUAGAUCUUGCUCCCAGUGGAGUCAAUGGGAGAAGGAUAGGGUCAGGAGGGUGCAAAAUGGUUUGGAAAAAGUGCAUUGAGAGUAAGAAGAGGGCAAGGGAGGGGGCACUGCAACGGUUAUUUGCGCUCUCAGAAAUAAUGUUGUUUCUGAUUAUUUUUUUUGACAUUAAAAAAAAAGGCACUGGGUGGAAAACAAAGUCCUGGGGGCACAUCUGUUUAGAAAGCCAGGUGGGUUUGGCUCUUGCUUUCUCAGUGGGCUAAUGCUGAGGACACAGCCGGCAUGGACGGUGCAAGGGAGUAGAUCAUCUAAAUAGGUCUUGCCCAUCUUUAGAGCCUAGGAGCCAGAUCCCCAGACUCCCCCACCCACAUGACCCAGGAGAGCGCUCACAGCAGGUCAGGCUCUAUGCAAGGGGAGGGGCAGACUGGGGGGAGGAGCCAGGGGGAUGACUGUCAUUCCCUCUCCAACGGGGUGUAACUUGCAUGGGAAGGGCAACACCGCCCCAGGCCAGAUUAUCUCUUCUGCAGAGCUCCUCUCCAGGGGAGCCAGGGCCAGAGCUCUGCCUGGCUGACCCUGCCUGCCCGUGGAUUCUCCCACAAUUGGCCUGGUGCAGAAUCAGAACUCACAUUCCCUGCCAUGCAGCAGUAAAUUCUGCCCUUCUUAGGGGCAGGGAGUGAGGGAACCGCUUCGCCCCAUAAACACCACUGGCCCUGCUUUUUUGAAGUCAACAAGAGGUUAGCUGUUGGCUUCAAUCAGAGCUGUUGGCUUCAAUCAGGGCACAAUAUCCAGCACAAAACUGGGGGAAAUGCCCCCCCCCCCUUCUUUUAAAACAUUUAUGUAGAACCAAGUAUUCUAGCAUUCUGCAUAUAACACACCUCCAAGGCAGCCCUAGCUAAGUGAUCCCAGUUCAGGGGCUGAAUUCAAAAGUGAGUCACAGCUGCCAUUUCAACCACUUAGUCCUAGAUCACAAACACACAAGCAGUCCUUGAUGCUAGACUCUGCCUACUGCAUUUUGGCUGUGUUCCAUUUGCAUUUAAAGGGUGAUGAGGAGCACCUUCUGGCCGACAAGCUGGGUGCAUGGAAAGCACACCUGCCAGCAGAGCUGCCCUUGGAAACCAGCAUCUACAAGUACCACUUCUGAGAGGCACCCGCUCUGCUGGGAAAGCCCAGGCUUGAGGAAAGUCAAUUUGGUCCAGUGGGGCCCCUUUCUUUUAAUAUUGCAAAGUACAAAUUUAGGUUUGUAGCUCAUCCCAAAGCUCCUCUCUUUAGGACCCUGUUAUCUCUUUGAAUAUUUUAAAACUGUAUGUAGCUGUAUGUGGAGCAGUUUCCUUUUCUCCCCCCCCACCCCUGGGGGGAGGCCAUGCACAGUACCAAACUCCCCUGCAAUGUAAAAAGCCCAUGUUUGCAAGGGCAUCUGGCUAGGAUAAUUCCCAGCCCAACUCCCUUGCAUAUAUUGGAGCUGAAACUGGUGGUUUCCAGGUAUGGAAGAGGUGGCUUUUUUAACAAAUGAGCAUGGCAGAUAUUUGUUAUUUAAUAACUAGACAAAUAUGACUGCAGUGAAAAGUGAAGGUUCAGCAAUGGUCACUAAACUGUAGCUAAGAAAGCGUUCACUCCCCUUGAUAGUGGUUCUCCACCAUUUCCAUAAUGUAACACUAUAUUACAACAGAAACAAUCUUUGGGACCCCAUACCCAUCUAGCUAGUUGUGACACACACACACACACGCUCUCUCUUUCUCUCACCCUGUUGGAGAACCCCAGGUUGAGCACGAAUGCUUUAACAUAAGAUGGGAGACAAGUAUAUGUCUGGAUGAUGCAUCUACUCCCCCAAGCUCUGAACUUCUCCAGGAACGUGACCAUUCGUUCAUGGCACGGAUACCUAACAGUACAAAGAAUAGUAUGAUGCCGUUGUCUGCACUGAUGGCGCACCUUACCCCGUAGUCAGAUGGUUACUUUCUCUUUAAACACAGCGUCAGAUUUUUAAAGGGCCUCUCUGUAGCCUCUGGCUCUAUACUCUUGAUGCUGGCACAAAAAGGCUCUUUCUAAAAAGUUAGCUCGUGAAAUUUAAUUUAAAAAAAUCCCACAUUUUCCUCAAAAAAUGGUUAUACAAAAUGAACGGCUCCAUCUAGUAUACAAGCUGAUGCUGACUUAUUCCUUCUUUGCUCAAUAAACACCUGCAGCUUCAAGUUCUUUCCACCUCCUGACCCCCUUUGUUUACAAGCAGGUAGAGGAUGUGGGUUAGCACCUGAUGAAACGUUCAGCCCACACCCGUCUAAACCCAUUUGAGCAACACCAUCUUCCCUAAUAAUAGGUCUGCCCCAUUAGGCUCUGAGAGAUGUCAGGCUCUUUGUUCUGGCUCAGCACGUGCUCUUCUCCACAUUAGCUGCCUGGAGCUACUGGCUCUUCUGUCAGAGGGAGUCUACACUAGCCCCCAUCGUUAUGGCCACCACCAUCACUGCUCAGCCUUCCUACAUGGAGAUUCAGACUUUGGAUGAAAGCCUGGCUCCACUGAAGUCAACAGCAAAACUUUCUUUGACUUCAGUGGAGCCAGGAUUUUACAUGGGAGAGCCUAUUCCUUGUGGGUAGAGGGGAAAAAACCACCCUAGUAGCAUGUAACUUGUAUGGGGUCCACCUGUAUGAGAACCCCUAAAUGUCUUUGCUGUCCCAACUCUUUCUUGCCUAAGAGCGGGCGGGGGAGCAAAGCUGACCAUAAAUACAAACAAUCUUAAACACCCAAUUCUCACUGCAAACAACUUGUAUCUAAUUCACUUUUGUGCUUUCAAAAUCCAGCUUUUCCUGUUCCUGAAACAAAGGUACAGCUCACACUGUAACAGCAACAUAGUAAUAUUCUUUUCUAUUGUAUCAGAACCGUAUCUGUAACGUAGCAUUUGAGUGUUGCAAUAUUGUGUGUAUAUAUCUCUCUACUCCCACAACUAGGUAUUAUACUCAUAAUACUCUCCUAUAUGCAUUAUACCUCUUCAUAGUGUAUUGACUGUGUAUGUGCCUUUCACCCUUUUGCAUGGUUUGGUAAAUUAGGGAACCAUAGUUAAAGUCCUAUGCAAAAAAUGACUGGGAAUUUAAAUACAAAAAAAAUUCUGCAGCUGUAUGUUAUUGUGGAAAAAAACAGAUCUGGGAUUUUCAAAGGAGCCAACAGAAUCAGGCCCCCAAAUACCCUUUAUUUUGGUACCUAAAUCCCCAUGCACCUUUGGGAACUCCUGCUUAAAAUCUGAUUUCCCACCAGUUUGAGGGUGAAGAUAGAGUAUAAAGAUGACAUGACUACCACCAGCACUUUGCCAAAACACACUGUAUGUUAAAAAUCCAUCUUUCUUCCUUUCAAAGGCUUAUCUAAAGAGGAGGUAUGAUUUGGUUUGAAAGGGUUGCCUUAAACCUUCUUAAAAUGAGUUUGAGAACAUCUUCUGGUUUUGCCACCUUCUUUCCCCUCCCUCCACACCACCACCACCACUCUAACAAGCAACAAAUGUUGAGUGUGUGCGCAUUUGACCUGUUUAGAACAUAACCCAGAUGACCAAGCAGAUGAAACUCCUAGUUGGGGUUUUUCCCCAGCUCUGUUCAGCUGAGAGGGUGAUUUAAACCUUAGAAUCUAUUGUAUGCCUUACAAUAGCAGGACAACUUUUAAAACAGGGCUUUUGAGAAGACAAAAAAAAAAAAAAGCCCCACAUUUUCUACAUCACUAUACUGUAGGAACUGAAAGCUUGUUCAAAACAGAAAGCUAACAAAAUACGUCCUUGUUGUGUGUUACAUGUUAAAGCAAUGUAAGCAAGGCUCGUAGAAAGAGGGAGUCUACGUCACGUAGAAUACUGUUUAAACAUUUGCAACCUGUUGACAGAACGAAGGACACGACUGCCUGGGACAUGUUAUGUGGUGUGCGUGUGUGUAUGUAACAUGGUUUUGGUUGUUAGAUUGUAAUGCUGUCCUGGAAAAAAAAAAAAAAAUCUAAUAUAAAGGAAAACCACAAGAAAUUAAAAAAAAAAUCUAUAUAUUUAAA